UACAACAGAAGCUGCAAUUGGAUUCACUGUAAAAACUCGGUUCCAUUAGAAAAUUUUUAUUUAAAAAAUAUAUAAAUAAUGUGGUCCAUAUCCAUACUACAAUACAAAGGAAAAGACGAGGACGGCUUUUUAUUUUCCGCAGUAAAUAGUGGAAUGUGCCAACUUUUUUCUAUUUCAUGCAAUACGUUUUGGAAAUUUGGAAGCAUGACUUGUGAAGGUCAAUGCUUUGCCUUUCGGUCUUCCUUUAUUGUAGCGCUUACAAAGGUGUUCGAUUGGUAUUAUUACUUCGGCAGCCGAAGUCAAAAAAAUGCAUCAAUAAGAAUGGGCAACACCUGAGUCUGAGUGGGCUUGCAAACUUUUAGAACACGUUGAGCUUAGUGUUUUAGGUAAAGAACCAUCCACUUUAAUUAAGAUAUAAAUUUUUAUUACGCACUUAUUGAUCAGUGGGGAUCUGCAACAAACAAAUUGUAGAAAAAAACUUGAAUUGUAUAAUUAAUGGAGGAUAAUGAUAGUGAUGGGUUAAGUGAUAAGGAAAAAUGCUUGCAAACUUGCAGAACGCGUUGGUUAGUGUUCUCUAGUAAAAUAACCAUUGACUUGCAACCUUGUAGAAGACCUUCAGAUAAAUUUUUACACGCUCCUUGCCUUGCCUCCUAUAUAUGAGUUCACUCAUUGAGUAGCCGUCUGCAACAAACAAAUUGAGAGAACUUAUUUGCAUAAUGGAUACUUUGUAUUCAAACUUAUUCAACCCUCCCUAUAUUUCUCACUUUUUGCUCCUUUUGUUUUUGGCAUCUUCAUAUCUGCACACUAGCAGUCACUUCUGUUUCUGUUUGGUUGAUGGAAUUCCAAGCACUGGUAGUGUGAGGUCAUGCAUCGAGGAAGAGAGAAGUGCGCUUCUCAGUUUUAAACAGGAUCUCAAGGAUCCCUCUGGAAGGCUUUCUUCUUGGGCGGGUCGCGAUUGCUGUCAAUGGCAAGGGAUUUCGUGCAACAAUCGCACCGGUCAUGUGGCGAAGGUGAAUCUCCGGAAUCCGUUUCCAUAUGUUUUCGUGUAUGACGACGAGUGGCACGAGUUGGCUUAUAAGCAGUCUUGCUUGGGGGAAUACAUCUAUCUCAAUGGAGUGGAUCUUAGCAGCACAGGAGUUCCAAAUUGGCUGCAUCAUGUUAACAUGGUUCCUUCCUUAUUGGAGUUACACUUAUCUAAUUGCUUCAUUGAAGGCCUUCCACUAUCACUCCAGAAGAAUAACUUCACUUCACUUUCGGUCCUUGAUUUGUCAGAUAAUACCAUCAAUACUUCUCCAUUUCCCAGUUGGCUUUUCAAUCUUACCAGCCUCAGAAAACUUGAUCUAAGCGAGAAUACUUUCAGUGUUCCUUUUCCCGGGUCGAAUUCCCAGAGUCAUUGGAACGAUUUUGAUGGUGAGAAAAUUGAAGAGUUUUGGAGGAGUUUGUCAAACUGUCCAAAUAAUACAAUAGCAUUAGAAUCACUAGAUUUGUCUUCUUGUGGGCUCGAAGGCCAACUGCCGGACUCCUUAGGAAUGUUAACAAGUUUGCAGCAUCUCAACCUCGAGAAUCUCUUUCUUUGGGGUUCAAUUCCAGAAUCUAUUGGAAACUUGUCAUCCUUGAAAACAAUGGACCUGUCUAGUAAUAAUAUGAACGGCUCAAUUCCAGAAAGUUUGGGAAAACUCUCCGAGCUAGUUAAACUAGAUCUUUCUUGGAAUUCAUGGGAAGGCAUUCUAACGGAAGCCCAUUUCAUAAAUCUCACCAGAUUAAAAGCCAUUUCAAUAUCCAAUAUGAUAAAUGGAAAGCCCAUGUCCCUCGUUUUAAAUGUGGCUUAUGAUUGGGUCCCUCCUUUCAAGCUCCACACACUUAACAUUGGAGACUGCAGAGUAGGUCAUGGUUUUUGGGUAUUGCUUCAAUCUCAAACUGAACUAGUAUAUGUCAGCCUUCAUAAUACUUUCAUCUCGGAUUCCAUACUAGAGGAAUGGUUGUCGAAGAUAUCUUCUCAAGUCAAACUUUUGGAUUUAUCUUACAACAACUUCAGUGGAAGGCUUCCAUUACAAUUGAAGUUUCCCAAGCUAUCUCGUAUCAAUUUGGGUCAUAAUCAAUUGGAGGGCCCACUUCCAAUUUGGCCCACUAAUGCCUCCUUCUUAGAUCUUCAAAGCAAUUUAUUUUCCGGACCAAUUUCCUCCAAUUUAGACCAAUUGAUGCCUCAAUUGGAACAUCUUGAUGUUUCUGAGAAUCAUUUGAAUGGUACUAUUCCACUCUCUAUUUGCAACAUGAAGGAUAUGGGAGUCAUUUCGCUAUGA